UUGCAUUUUAUCGGCUUUCAGAAUUAUGUUACUGAUUAUAUUCAGUAUCGUGUGCACAUGUAUAACAGUUCUUAUCCAACGUUCCUAGAGAUUCCCGUGUUCCAAAGUCAUCAGUUUGUUUUAAUGCGGAUGGUUGCUUUAAUUUUUGAAAAAAAACAUGCUGAUGAGCUCAAAAACAUGGUUGCUUCAUUAUGUCUUGUCAUUAACGAUGUGUUUCCCAGUCACUUAAAUCUACAGGUUGUUGAAUGUUUUACGCAAAUUAAUGAUGAUGAGUCAGACGAACAGCUUUCAUAUGGGCGAUUAGUAGCUUUAAUUGCAUUUGCUGGAAUGGUUGCUGUCACACUCUGUGAUAUGCAGCAGUUCCAAGAAAUUUCCAUGAUAGCAUCAUACACAUCAAAAUUUUUGCACAAGCGAAUUGCUUUGACAUGGACACAAAAUAGGCGUUCGUGGGGAGGUUUUUUCGAUCGUGUGAAGAAAAUCAUUGAAAAAAAUGAGAUUGAAGAAAAGGAACGAGUUAGUUUGAAAUCACAUUGCAGUUGUUGGUGGUUCUCAGUAAGAGUCUUGGUAAUUUUCGGGAUUUUCGGUAUCGGUGCUUUCACACUAGUGAAGACGGUUUCGAGAACUCGAUCGUCUUUUUGA